AUGGCCAGCCAUUCUGGCGGUGGAGGAGGAGGAACUGGAAGCACCAGCACAGGAAGUCCGUUUGUCAUCGAGCACGACGAUGAAUCAGUAAUAGAUAAUGACUUUUUAGAAGAGGAUGAAUCCAUCGAAGCGGACGACCCCCUCCGCAACGAUCACACUACCACAACCGACCACGCCCUCCUAACCGGCAACAUCGGCUCAAACUCGUCCUCCUCCGCCCGCCCCAACAUUACCAGUUCAUACCUCACCUCCUCCAUCCCGGGCGAAGACAGGCGCGCUCCGCAAAAUACCAUUGACGAGACCGUCUGGGCAACGCUAUCACGCGACCUGCUAGCCGUCUGGGAGAAGAUGCGACAAGUGCUGUGGCCCAAGUAUCUUCUUGGUGGCAUGUUAACGCGCGGGGGAGGGAUAGGGGCGGCGGAGCGUGGGGAGGCGACGGCAUUUGGCAAUGGGCGUGGUGGCGGGAUUAGGGGGUUGGUGGGACGGUGGCCGGAUGCGGAAGUUGUGCUACAGGCAGGUAUGAGUGAGGGGUUGAGGGAUUGGGAUCUUUGGGGUCCAUUGAUUUUCUGUCUGCUGCUCAGUAUGUUUCUGUCCAUGCGGGCGCAGGGUGACCAGGCGAGUCUGGUCUUUUCGGGCGUCUUUUGCAUAGUGUGGAUUGGUGAGGCGGUGGUGACAAUGCAAAUUAAGUUGCUGGGAGGGAAUAUCUCCUUCUUUCAAUCCGUCUGCAUAAUCGGGUACACACUUUUCCCCCUCGUCAUUGCCUCCAUCCUCAGCGCCUUUGGUUUACCCGUCAUAGCUCGCAUCCCGGUCUACCUCGUCUUGAUAUCCUGGUCACUGGCUGCGGGAGGUGCUUGUGUUUUAUCAGUUAGGGUGGGUGGAACCUUGAAGUUGGCUUUGAGUACCUACGAAGAUGGACCGGAUCAAGGUGAGAUGGUAUGGAGUGAGGUGAGGUGA